AUGUUUGGUAUUGUGUUACUUUCCUCAGGCUGGUUGAUGCUGCAGUUAGCGGCUGGAAAGUUAGAUUACACUUCUCAGGCUGAGGGGAUGCAGCUCCAGGGUGAUUAUUCCUUCGCUGGACUCUUUCCGCUCCAUUACACUGAUAGACCUGGUACUGGUCUGCCUGCUUUGGUGCCAUGUGAUCAAGGAAGACCCAACAAACAUGGGUUUCACUUAAUGCAAGCCAUGAGAUUUGCAGUGGAAGAAAUCAACAAUGGCACUGGCCCAUUGUCCCUGCUACCAGGAGUAAAGCUUGGUUACCAGAUGUACGACAUCUGCUCUAACCCAGCCAGUGUCCAGGCCACGAUGGACUUACUGGAGCAGCAAUACCAGAACUCCAGCAAUACUCAAAAAGCACUUGGUGUAAUUGGGCCAGACAGCAGCAGCAAGAGUUUUACGCCUGCUGCUCUGCUGGGAGCUUAUCUGAUUCCACAGAUUUCCUAUGAGGCAUCAAAUGAAAUGCUGAGCAAUAAGAACAUGUAUCCGUCAUUCUUCCGCACGAUUCCAAGCGACAAGAACCAGGUGACAGCUAUGAUCCAACUCCUGGUUCGGUUCAACUGGACGUGGAUAGCUCUUUUAGGCAGCGACAAUGAUUAUGGACUGCAGGGUAUGAUGAGCCUGUCAGAACAAGCCCCUCAAUAUGGUAUCUGUAUCCCAUACCAAGGAAUCAUCCCCACGGCCUCUGAUGACAUAGUUCAGACCAUGAGAAACAUGGUGGACAACAUACUGAAAACCAAAGUGAACACCAUUGUGGUGUUUUCAAGCAAGACAAAGUUCUAUGACUUCCUCCCAUAUGUCCUGGAGAGACACAUAACAGAAAAGGUGUGGAUUGGGACGGAGGACUGGUCACCGUCCACUCUCAUAUCCGGGAUUCCUGGGAUCCAAACCAUCGGCACUGUGAUCGGCGUCUCUGUCAAGGAUGCUGCCAUUUCUGGGUUUGCCAAUUUCCAGAAGAAUACGAUCAAAGCUUCAAUGCAAGACGUCAAUGAACACCUCAAUGUUCCCAUUAGCAGUGGCAAGGACUGUCUGCAGAGCACAGACCUGCACACCCUCGCUAGAAAUAACUUCUCCAUGGAUAAAUAUGACAUCACCUCCUCCUUCAGUGUUUAUAAGGCAGUGUAUGCUUUAGCUCAGGCUCUGCAUCAGGUGCUUGAUUGUGAUUCAGGAGAGUGUAGCAAGAGACGUGUGACUCCACCAGAGCUUUUGUCACCACUAAGGGAGGUUCGAUUUUCUCUCAGCAACUCCUCUGUGUACUUUGACAUCAAUGGUGACCCACCCACUGGGUAUGAUAUAGUCUCCUGGGUUUGGAGGGGGAAGGACUGGUCUCUAAGAGUGGUAGGCUCCUUCACACCGGACCCCGUCACCCUCACAGUGGAUGCUGGUCUGAUAGAGUGGCACGGCAAAGGAGACUCAGAAUCAGUACCUCAGUCCUUCUGCUCUCCACCUUGCCCAACAGGCCACAAGAAGCUGCUGACGGGUCAACAUAAAUGCUGCUUUGACUGCCAGGCUUGUCCAUUGGCCACAUUCCUCAAUAAAAGUGAGCAAACAGAAUGUCAGGCCUGUCUGCCGGAGCAGUGGGCUCCCCCAUCCAGUGAGGACUGUCAGAACAGGACUGUGAUACUGCUGGACUGGGUCCACCCUCUCUCCAUAGCUCUUCUCUUCUUUUUGGCAACGUGCCUCCUCCUGACCUCUAGCACCGCCAUAAUUCUUCUGCUCAACCUGAACACACCGGUGGCCAAGUCUGCAGGGGGCCGCACCUGCCUCCUGAUGCUGGCAGCCCUGACCAUCGCUGCCCUAAGCACUUUGUGCCACUUUGGCAAGCCGUCCCCUGUGGCCUGCAUCCUGAAGCAGCCUCUGUUCAUCAUCAGCUUCUCUGUGUGCUUGGCCUGCAUCACAGUGCGCUCCCUCCAGGUCGUCUGCAUCUUUAAAUUUGCAUCCAAGCUGCCGCCGGCUUAUGACAGGUGGAUGAAAAAACAGGGUCCAGAGGUCACCAUCUUUCUGGUGUCUGUCACUAUCUUGUUCAUCUCUGUGCUCCGGGUAUCCCUCGACACUCCACUGCCUUCCCAGGACCUGCAGUUCUACCACGAUAAAAUUGUGCAGGAAUGCAGUAAAACCCUUUCUGUCGGCUCAGGCAUUGAGCUGGCAUAUGUCUCUCUCCUCAGCGUCCUCUGCUUCUCUUUCAGUUACAUGGGGAAGGACCUGCCAGCCAACUACAACGAAGCCAAGUGUGUCACCUUCAGCCUGAUGGUGUACAUGAUCUCCUGGAUAAGCUUCUUCACCCUCUACCUCAUUGACAGAGAAACCUUCACAAUGGCUGCGCAGGUGUUUGCCACGCUUUUCAGUGUCCUGGCCUUCCUGGCUGGAUACUUCCUUCCUAAAAUAUACAUUAUUGUUCUUAGGCCACACAUGAACACCACAGCACACUUCCAGAACUGCAUUCAGAUGUACACCAUGAGCAAAAACUGA